AUGGGCGAGAACUUGGCGACCAAGAGCCCGGACGGGAAUACAGGCGUGUACCCGGCUUUUCGCGAGAACACAAUUGAGUCCUUUCAAGAGGCAGCAAAGUGUGGCGUGGGCUUUGUUGAGUUUGACGUGCAGGUGACCCGCGACAACGUGCCAGUUAUCUGGCACGAUGACGACGUGGUCAUCGGACCCGCAGACCAUCCCAGUCGACCUCAGGUGAAGGACCUUACUCUCGCCGAGCUCAAGGCCCUCUCCUCAUCAUGUGAAUGCAUGUUUGGCGGAAGCGCUGUCAUCAACCCUGCUGUGGUUCGCAGGUACGAGCAGUGGAAUUGCGACCAAGAUGGUGCCAUUCCCACACUGGAGGCGGUCUUCGCCGCGUUGCCGCCCGAGAUCGGAUUUGACAUCGAGGUAGGACAGACAGGCUGGUGGGGGCGAUGUGGGUGGUCAAUGGUGCACCUGGCCGACGGUGACGGCGCUGCCGCGGCGCCGCCGCCGCGCCGGCGCCGCAUUAUCUUUUCGUCCUUUGACCCCGACGUGUGUGUAGAGCUGCGCCGGCGUCAGGUGGAUCACCCGGUGUACUACUUGUCGGGCUGUGGGCUGUACGCGCAUGCAGACGCGCGGCGGACGUCCAUCCCCGCUGCGCUGUCCUUUGCGGCGGAGACGGGCAUGCAGGGCAUUGUCUUACCCGCGUCUGUGCUGCUCAAGAACAUGGACAUGGUGGAAAGCGCGAACCGCAGCCACCUCCAGCUCAUGACGUACGGGCUGGAGAACAACGACCUGGACUGCCUUAAGGCUCAAGCAGAUGCGGGCGUGGUGGCCGCCAUCGUGGAUGAAGUAGCGGGCGUGACAGCCGCGCUCCACGCAGAUAGAAACGAUGAUACCACCACCGCCACCACCACCACCAAUGCACAUGAUGUUGCUGAUGCUGUCGCCGAAGGCAAUGACAGCGGCAGCGGCCUCUAG